AUGGAAUAUCUAGGUGAGGUGAUAGAUAUUGCAGAAGCUAACCGUCGGAUUAUUGAUGCACUUGGUUCUGAUGCAUUGUCUAGCAUAACUUCAUCGCAUGACAGUUUCCAUCCACUUUCGAUAACCUAUUUAACACGAUUCAGUCCACAGUUGAAUUUAGUUCUAGAUGCUGGAACUAAAGGCAAUUUAAACAGAUUUAUUAACCAUUCAUGUGCACCAAAUUUAGUUACUGAAUGUUGGAUAGUUGACGGUUAUCCACGACUCGGACUGUUUGCCUGUCGACCUAUAGAAGCCAAUGAAGAACUAACAAUUAAUUAUAUUAAUGCUCAAAUUCUUUCAACGGGUCUUAUGGGUGCCAGUUGUUUAUGUGGAGCUGAUUCCUGUGUACGAAAAAUACGUUUACCAACAGCAUUUAAAUUAUAUGAAGGAAUAGUAAAUGAAGUUAAAAGUCAUCUCACAAAUGAUAUUCAAUUUUAACUUCUGAUGUUUCAUAUGGUCGGUCGAUGCAUAUACAGGAUGUUGUCUGUUAGAUUAAUUAGUUGUUGACUGUAAAAGUUGUCGUUUGAAUAAACUUUAGUAAUCAUUGAACUAUUUGCCAGAUUUUUAUUAGGUGAAAAUGUAUUUAUUUUGUUCAUUAAACUGUAAUUAUCUGAAGAGGAGAAUUUGUUUGUUGUUCCAGUUGACAAUUCCCAGGCUACUGGUCAAAUAAAUAAAUAAAAGUUCCAUUGUUUCAAAUUUCUGACAAUGAUUUUCUAGAGCCAAACACACAUAUCAAGUGUGAUUUCUCUAUAAACUGAA